GGCAGCACAAACCGGUGUCAGUGCCGUACUCUCUUCCUUCCUCUUCAUUCUAAGCGCAUACGCCGGCUAACUCAGGAGAUGAUGCUGGUGGCAGUGCUGGUGGUGCUGGCAUGGCCGUCGCGCGCCAGCCUCGAGUGCCGCGCCAGCCGCCAGUUCUGGGACCCGGCGCGCCAGCUGUGCCGCGACUGUCGCCUCUGCGCCCCGCCCGCCGUGGUGCUGCGGCCCUGCGGCGUGCAGCGAGACGCCGUCUGCGGCCCCGUCGCCGACCUGCGCAUCCGCUGGCCGCGCCCUGAGACCUCCCGCCAAAGGCCGCCCGAGCGCCCUGAGACCUCCCGCCAGAGGCCGCCCGAGCGCCCCGAGACCUCCCGCCAAAGGCCGCCCGAGCGCCCCGAGACCUCCCGCCAGAGGCCGCCCGAGCGCCCCGAGACCUCCCGCCAGAGGCCGCCCGAGCGCCCCGAGACCUCCCGCCAGAGGCCGCCCGAGCGCCCCGAGACCUCCCGCCAGAGGCCGCCCGAGCGCCCCGAGACCUCCCGCCAGAGGUCGCCCGAGCGCCCCGAGACCUCCCGCCAGAGGCCGCCCGAGCGCCCCGAGACCUCCCGCCAGAGGCCGCCCGAGCGCCCUGAGACCUCCCGCCAGAGGCCGCCCGAGCGCCCCGAGACCUCCCGCCAAAGGCCGCCCGAGCGCCCCGAGACCUCCCGCCAGAGGCCGCCCGAGCGCCCCGAGACCUCCCGCCAGAGGCCGCCCGAGCGCCCCGAGACCUCCCGCCAGAGGCCGCCCGAGCGCCCCGAGACCUCCCGCCAGAGGCCGCCCGAGCGCCCCGAGACCUCCCGCCAGAGGCCUCCCGAGCGCCGCGGGAAGACGGGGGACGCGCCCUCGACGGUGCCGUGGUCCGCGGGCAGAAGGAGGAAGAGGAAGCACUCCGCGGACGGGAAGACCCACGGCAAGCGCAAGCCGCACCGGAGGAAGCACAAGAGCCGCGCCGGCGCCCCGGAGGCCUCGUUCCUCAGGACCCCGGAGGCGGCGGCGCGCCCGGAGGAGGACCCCGGGAGGCGGCCGCCCCCGGACGCGGCGCGCCGGACCGAGCGCCUCUCGGCCGCUGAGGCGCUCGUGUGGGACGGCCAGGCCUUCGCGCUGGCGCUCGCCGUGUUCGCGUGCCUCUUCUUCUUCCUGGUGGCGGCCGUGUACUCGCUGUGCCAGGCGCGCCACUGGCGGCGCCUCAAGAGCAACUUCGAGGCAGACGUGGAGGAGCUGUCGGCGCAGCUGAGCCUCGCGGCGACGGGCUGCGGCGUGCUGCAGUCCCCGGGCCGGGCGCCCGCCUGCCCCGCCGACCAGGGCCGCUGCAGCUACCUGGAGAAGCUGCUCGCACACAAGCAGGAACGAGAACAAGCCAACGUGUACAUUGAGCGACAAGGCAGCUUGAGAGAGACGACGUCACCGCUGGCGAUCAAAAAGGAAUGAACUCGUCAGCUUUAACAACGAUUUUCACAGUACAAAAUAUUUUGUCAGUUCCUGCGUGUGCACCAUGCCAUGUAAUUUAACCAGGUACAAAUUCUUUGAGAGGUAUUUAUAAGGCAAUAACGGGGCGAACUGUAUUGCAGCACGAAUUAUUAUAUUAAGUUACAAAAUAAGUGAUUGGUGACACAUCGGGAGACCCUACUUGUGUGGACUGCGAGCAAUUGAGACAUGAAAAGAAACAAUACUUACCACUUCAUGUACUGCUUAGAAGUUAAAAAAUACCUGUGUUGAUCAAAUUAAGUUUUAAUGAACAAGUAUUUUUCUAUGAGAUAGAUAUUUUUGUAAAUAACUGCCGGAAUCAAUAUGGAUGUAUUAAAAAAAAUUAUUGGUGUUCUAAAUUUAAAUUAUGCAAGACUUUUUUUUGUAAUUUAAAUAAUAAAAUGGUUUCAGUAAUGAAGACCACUGACUGAAAAAAAUUAUAUUAUAGUUAUACUAAAUGAGCAUGUUUAAUGCAGUUUGUAUUCUACCUCACAUGCAAGCGUUUCGAGAGGAAAUAAGCCACUUAACCACUAAUAAGAGUACAUUACAUUUUGUUUUGCAAUGUAUGAAUAAAUAUUAUAAGCUUCUUAGUGUGCCAAUAAAAUAAGAUAACUUAGUUAUAAUUUCAUCAUCUGAUCACAAUUUUGUAAAUACGUUCAAUACUUAGCCUAAACAACUUUUUAUGUUUGACUCUCAGUUUAAUUGACUUCCUUACCUUACUGUUUGCUUCAAUUAUUUGUGUUGCAUUUAUAUGUUGUUGUUUAUUAUAAUUUUAGAUACCUAUAUUUUGAAAAUAGUUGUUUGAUAGGAUUGAAAUAUUGUAUAGGGUUCUAAGUUGAUUAUUAGUCUGAAAUUGUACCACAUUGCUCAGAAUUGGCUAUGUGUCAUGAUCAAUUAGUUAACGUGACUGUAUAAUUCAUGCUAUACGAGUAAUGAAAGCUGCUGUAGUUUAUUCGGAUUCAACAUAUUAGAUACAUGUGCACAUCAUAUGGGUUAUGUUUCUAAAGGUGAAAAGAACUGGGUACGCGUCCAUUUAGCAAUGAGGCCGAGUCAGUGAUAGUCUGCUAUUAUUUCCACUACAUUUUCUCUAAAGAACAUCAGUAUUCCCUAUAAUAAAGUAUGUACGUUCAACUUUGUUCUUGUUAUGUAGAACCAUGGGAUAGUCAAACACAACAAACAAGAUAGUGGUUUUAAAGCCAUUUGUUAGGGUUGAGCUGAUAAAUAUAUAUAAGUAUAUAAGUUACAGAUAUAAUAAAUAGUUCUAAAUAUUUUGUUCCUUAUUCAUAACUUUGUAGAUAUAGUUUUUUUUUCAUAAUAAAUUAAUGUGUUAUAUUGUGAUUAAUACCGAAUGGACAAAACAAAAUCAUGAUAUUGAUUACUAAUUACAUUUUCCGUGAAAACCUUGAGUAUAUGAGAAAUUACAUGACAUGCAAAAGCUUUUGCAUAAGCCUACUUACACCUCUACAAUAAUACAAUAACAACUCAAGUAAAGGAGUGUUGAAAGAUUUACAUGUAUAUUUGUUGUACUUACAGAACUUUUAUACAAUUAUGUAUCUAAAAAAGAUAACGCGAUUCUUUUGGAUUUAUUUUCAGUGAGUCGCGGCCCCUCAGUUUCCUUUCAAUAAAUUAAAAAUUUAACCAUACAAGUUGUACAGAACUGUACAUGAAUAAAAUUUUCUUUGAAAUAUGUUACACUAAUGGAAUCCAUGGUACGUCCACGCUUUCAAUCAGUGAUUUCGAUGUAGGUUUACUUUGAAGACACGCUACACUUAAGUCUGUUUUAAAAAUAAGAAGAAAACGUUUAAAAGCAAAGGGCCUUUUUAAACCCCUUUCUACCUUUCAGUUACCUGCACAAAGGCAAGUGCGUGGGCUACAAAAAAAUUUCUAAAACAUAAAAUUACACAUACAGCCUGAAGAAAUUGAAACUUGAAAGUUAUAUUUGAGUUUUUUUAGUUAUAUGCAUACUAUCUCUCAUUGUACAGGACAAGCCCGUCCACGAUGAGAGUGCUGCUAUUUAUAUACAAACUGGUAAAACACUGACCACAAUAUUCAUGAACUGUGUUAACAUAAAUAUAUUUACCAUUGUAUUCACUCAGUCUGCAUCCCGGUAUUGUAUGCCAAAUACUGGUACAAGUCUUCGUACGCUUAUAAAAGUUAAUAUAACAAUAUAUUCUAAGUUAAUAACAUUGACAUACACGUAUAUUCUUACCAAUAUGUCUGAAAGAUAAAUAUGCUGGCACAAAAGUGUAUCUUAAAAAUAACCUAUGUAAGUUUUUCCUUACUAUCUACUGUCGUAAACCUUGCUUAAAUUUAUAGUUGGCAUUAAAUUAGGGCUGUUACGUUUGGUUUAAAAUUCGUCAUGUUGCGUUAUUAUUCUAUGUUGAAUAUUUUAUUAGAAUACGUAAAUGAAAAGUAUCGAUCAGACAUAAAGCUGCAAAAAGCUGUACUUGAAAUACUAAUAUUUACCAAAUCCCAACUUUCAUCAAGAGUUUUAAAUUAUAAUAACUCUAAAAUUUUAAAGUUUAAAUCUUUUGUAAGUCAUUUAUAUAUUUAAUUGAAAAAAUAUCUUAUUACUUUAUUCAAAAAAAUUAUGAGUAAACAUGUGUUAAUGAAUAAGCUUGUAAAAACAUUUAAAUAUAAUACGCAACUUAAGCUUUUUUCCAAAAGUUGAAAUAAAAAAGUGAUAAGUGACGGUGAAUCAGUAAAUAUACAAUGUUCGUUAAAACCAAUUCUCUAUAGAAUAAUUUUUCUACCUUAAUACCUAUAAUAUUUUUACAUUAAAAUAACUUAACAGCCAUCCUAAGUUAUUGCGACAUUGUGGUAAUUUUGUUUACUAGCGGAAAUUUGUAUAUCUCACCGCUCAGUGUAAAUAUGAAAUGGUUUUGACUUUAGUUAAAACAAUUAUGGUAAUGGGAAACCAGUGUUGUAGUAUUGGCAGAAAAAUAUUUCUGGAAUGAAAUAUUUAUUUCCAUGCCAAAAUUAUUAUUUUGCUGGUUGUAACCUUAAUUCUACUGACAAUACGUAUUGCAACAUACAAUUAUGCAUUCAGUUAUCGUGUAAUGAGUGAACUAAAAGCAUUUAGCGUGUUUUAAGUAGUAUAGUUUUAUGUAUUGUGUUUUAUGUAAUAUAUUACAAUUUAGUUAUUAUGUUUACUUCCUUAUGUAAAUAAGAGUGUACAUAAUUUCAAAACAUUGAUUAAAAUAAACAUGUUUAUAUUUGUUAUGUUAUACUAUGAUCUUGAUGUGGUAAUUUGUGUUGAUAAAGCCAGAGUUAUAAAAUGAAUAAAAUAAUGUACUUUGUAAAAAUUUGACUUUGACCGACAUGUUACAGUAUUUGCCAUUCAGGAAUAAAAUAUAGAGAUAAUUUACCUCAAUAAAUUAUUAAAUGUUUUUCUGUCUUAAUUAUCCCUAAGUUUAAUUUGGCAUAGUUUAUAUUUUUCAUAACAUAAUUCAGUUGAACAUUGAAAUGUUUUUCUCGAUAUUACAUUGAGGGUACAACCUACAAUAAAUGAACGUCAGUAGUCAACAUAUCAUGAGAAAAUACUAAAUGUGUUAAUUCCUGCUUAUGUCAAUGUAAAGAUAAACCAAAGUGUAGCUCACAUGAAAUGAUAAUUUAGUAGUUAUUUAUUGAAACAACAUUUUGACAAAUGAAAAAUAUAUAGUUAUGUUUUAAAAUAAAUGUUUAUUACUAUUAUGCGCAAAAAUAUUUAAAUGAUUAAAAAAACAAUAUAUUCGCUUUAAUAUAAUUUAUUUAAAACAAUAAUUCUCAUAAUUCUUCGGUCAAUUAUUUUAUCUUUGCAUGAUUUGGUCACAUUUAUUGUUCUAAAUCGAUAAUGUUAAAUAAAAAAACCUAUGAUCAUAUAAAA